AUGCAGCGCCACGAUCCGGUAUCUGGCCUUGAAGCUGAGGAACCGCCGCCCGGACUCCUCGGGAUCUUCAUCCUUGCUGGGCUUCUGGACCAGGAGCUCCCUCCCUCGGUCGAGGUACGCCAUCUCCAAGGUGGCGGCGCUCAGCGCUGGGAGUCAAAAGAUGGAUUGAUCGGGGUGGUUCUCCUUAACCCAGUAUGCGCGCUGCUGGGCUACUUGAGUUAUGCCGACGCCGCCCAAGCCAACAAGCGCUCUUUCGUCCGACGAAGUUUCGGUUCCUUCGGAAUGCAAGUUUAG